AUGGUUGCUCUAUGCUUGUUCUGCUUGUGUUUUGAGCAGUGGAUCUCAGGCAAAUAUCCGAUCUUCAAGGUGAAGCGAGUCAGCUUGAGCUUCAGUGGGGCUUCCGUUUUCUUCAUGACACCCAUGCGGGACGGCAAUGUUCCAAUGCCUGCAUCGGUUCUGAAGUUCGAUUCCAAGGAGUGUUGCUUGGAGGCACCAGAUGGAAAAGACCAACAAGUACAGGAUGCUCUUUGGUUCGACGACGCCUCAGGCGUGAAGGACUACGUUCUGGUGGAUACGAAGGAUCCAUCCUCCGUGAUGCAGAUCGACCUCUGCGGCGGCGUCUUCGGGCUCCCGGAGUUUGCAAAGGCACCGCCGGUGCAUACCUUUGCCUCCAUCUUGGAGGAGGAGCUCAAAGAGGUAAGCAUGUCGGUGGACAUCAUUCCUAUCAUCAAUGAGGCGCUGGAGAGGCGGAUGUACCAUUUCACCAUGUCAGAUCGCAAGGUUAGCACUCUAUCGUUGGCGGACUCCUACAAGAUCGUGCGGUUUGUGGGCCACGGUAUCCUCAAUCGAGCCAAGGAGGGUGCAAAGCGUGCGGCAAAGUCGCCGGCAUUGGCAGCCGGAUUCCAGAAUCCCGUGGAGGUGGACGACCUGGAUCCAGAAGGCAAGAUCAUCCAAGAGCUUUGUGGUCGGAAGCAGACCGUGCGAGAUAUGUUCCAAAAGUUUUCGGGUAUGGAAUCGAAGCUCUCAGAGCACUUCAAGAGGCCUGUGGUGGUCGGUUUGUGCCACAAUGACCUGCACGGCGGGAACCUUCUCGUUGAUUCACAGGGUCUUGUGUGGCUGAUUGACUUUGCUACAGUGGAGUCGGGCAAACACGUGCUGAUGGACCUGUCGAAGUUCCUCUCCGCAUGCGCCUUUAUGUACUUGCAGGACUCUGUCAAUGAGAAGGGCAUUCAGGCCAUCGCCAAGAUCCUGUUCACGACCCCGGAUGCGACAACCGAUCUACCGUCGGCACUGAUGGACGAAGUGAAGGACGACCCUGUUGCCAGGCUGUUCUAUCAGAUCAUGGUGCGAAUUCGCCACUGCAUGUGCCUAUACGAAAGUGGUCCUGGUUCACCAGGGAACGAUGGUUCCCCUUUUGCGAUUGCGCUCUCAGCAUGGUCGGCCCGAAUGCAGAGCUACAGUGAGCCAUCCUUGCACCAGAAGACGAGAGCAUUGUACUGGGCGGUCGCCGGUGUCCAGCGCCUCUUGUGGCAGAUGAAGGAAGACAUCGGUCCAACAGCUUCGAAGUGGAUCGAGGCAGGGCCACGUCGCUUGGUGGAGUUCGCAGGCUUUGAGGUGGCCUCCGACCCCUCUGUCAUGGGACAUCACGGUGACAUCACGUUAUCAUGUGAGCAUGCUAGACAAGUCGCAAGCAGUGACAACUUUGUGGGGCCCCAGAACCCGCCGAGCUUGAUUGCAGGAGUCCUGCUCCAGCUUAUGUUUGAGCUCGAGUUUCAGACGUACUGCGCCCAAGCCGGGGCUUCAGAGGCAUGGACGACCGAUAUCCUCACACGUGAGAAAGUGAACGUCACCGAGCAUUGCGUUGAGCUUGCACUGAAGUUCGUGGGUUCGCUGAACACUCGUCUCAUUCUCCUUCCUGACAAGGCCAAGACGCUGUGGACGAAGAUCACGAAGGUGUACAAACAGUUUGCCCCAGAUUUACUGACUCUGGAGCUUUUCUGUGGUCGGACCUUGGUGGUCGGUGACGGUGGAACGGGCAAGUCCGUCUUGACGAAGCAGCUUCUGGCCGAGGUCGCCCAGAUGGAGGUCGGGACCAUUCACGAGCGUGCAGAUGCGGAGCGAAAGGGUCCCAGAGACGAAGGGAGGGCAACGAAGUCCAAGCCGGUCCCUCGCGCGCCGUACCAAGUUAUGGUCCCGCUCCGGGUGCCAUUGGUGGAUUUGGCGCGACAGCUGCAAGAGUCCCCAGACAUGGGCGUUGACCCCGACGUGCUGAAUGAUCUCCUGGCCGUGUGGAUGGCUCGGAAGUACGGCGGGGAUUCAACCUUGGUGCAGCUCAUCACACAGGUUCGUCAAGCAAGCCACGAAGCAGCGGAUGAAGAGGAGGCAGGCGUAGCAGACAACAAUGACAUCCUGGGCUUGUUCGUGCUCCUGGAUGGUUUGGAUGAGGCUGCAGCAGAACGAACCAACAUCCUUCUCUUCAUCACGUCCCUGCUGGAGGCAGAGCCUUGCCACUUUCCCUUGCUGACCGCACGGCCGGGGGUGCUGGGAUUUGCAGAGAAGGAGAAGCUUGCGGCCAACGGCUUUAUCGGGUGCCUCAUGUCAAAGCUGCCCCCAUUAAAAGCGAUCAUCGAGAACCCGGCCUAUGCAGGGCUGACUGGCAAUCCCAUGUGCUUGACUCUGCUCACACACGUCUUGCGCAAGUCCCUAAAGGAGAAUGGGCUGGCAGUCAAAAUCGCUCUU